UAGCCUAUCCACCGAACGGCAGGAACAUGACGGGAAGCUACUGCGAGGGUCCGCUCUGGGACGGACGAAAUAUGUGGGGUGACAAUCCACCAGUUUUUACGGAGUGCUUCGAAGACACAGUGCUCGUGUUCGUGCCAAGUUUCUACGCGCUAUUCGGUGGGAUAACUUAUUAUUAUUUUCGACGAACAUGGCCCGGCAAGGCUCUGCCGAUCACUAUCCUCCACAUCGCGAAACUCUCAACGAUCUGUGCUCAAAUUCUCCUCCACUCCUACGGCGCUUACUACGGCCUAAUGGCUGAAUCUCCGAGUGUCUCGGGUUUCGUCGCCGACCUUCUGCGAGUUUUGAGCUUUCUCAUGGUGUUCAUCCUUCAAGUCAGAGAUCGCAACCACGGAAUUUCAACCUCGGCUUUCGUAGCGAUAUUCUGGGCGCUCGAAUUGGUAUUCGAGCUUUUCGUCUACUAUCGCUACUUGCUCACAGCAUUUCUUUUUCUGAAAACGAUCCCGUGCUGA